CAUGUUCGGUUGCUAUGCUGUGGCCUGGGAGACGGGGUGUGCUUGAGGGAGGAGGAGACGGAGUAGGAGGAGGAGGAGGAAGAGGUGGAGGAGGCGGCGGCGGGAGGGACUGAGCGCCCAUUGCACUCUCACACACAAACGCUGCUUAGGAUUGCCGCCCGUUCGCUCUCGCCGCGCCGUUCCGCUCCUCCUCCUCGCGGCCCCACAUUGUUCCCUCAGGACUCCGGGGUCCCCGGGGCUGGAUUCUGGGCCCCGCUCCGGGGCCCCCACCCCCGCGACACCGCUGCGGGGCUGGAUUAGCUCAUCCCCGCAGGGAGGUGCGGGAGCGCGCGGCAGCCCCGCAGUAUGAGGUGGUGCCGGCGGCUCGGGGCCGUGGCGCGGCCGCUGCGGCGCCGGCUGCUGGGCGGACGCUGACGGAGCCCCGGGGGCGGCGCGGCCGGGCCUCCAGGCUUUUCUUCUCCAGCCCGGAGGACGCGGCUGGGACACGAAGACCUUGUGUGGACAGUAAUGACCUCACGUUUCCGAUUGCCUGCUGGCAGAACCUACAAUGUACGCGCAUCAGAGUUGGCCCGAGAUAGACAGCAUACAGAGGUGGUUUGCAACAUCCUUCUUCUGGAUAACACUGUACAAGCUUUCAAAGUUAGUAAACAUGAUCAGGGGCAAGUUCUGUUGGAUAUAGUCUUCAAGCAUCUUGAUUUGACUGAGCGUGACUAUUUUGGUUUGCAGUUGACUGACGAUUCCACUGAUAACCCAAGGUGGCUGGAUCCAAACAAACCAAUAAGGAAGCAGCUAAAGAAACUGCUUUUAUUAAUUCUAGGAGGAUCUCCUUACAGUUUGAACUUUAGAGUCAAAUUUUUUGUAAGUGACCCCAACAAGUUACAAGAAGAAUAUACAAGGUACCAGUAUUUUUUGCAAAUCAAACAAGACAUUCUUACUGGAAGAUUGCCCUGUCCUUAUAAUACUGCUGCUCUUCUGGCUUCAUUUGCUGUUCAGUCUGAACUUGGAGACUACAAUCAAUCAGAAAACUUGUCAGGCUACCUCUCAGAUUAUUCUUUCAUUCCUAAUCAACCUCAAGAUUUUGAAAAAGAAAUUGCAAAAUUACAUCAGCAACAUAUAGGCUUAUCUCCUGCAGAAGCAGAAUUAGGUUACCUGAACACAGCACGUACCUUAGAACUCUAUGGAGUUGAAUUCCACUAUGCAAGGGAUCAAAGUAACAAUGAAAUUAUGAUUGGAGUGAUGUCAGGAGGAAUUCUGAUUUAUAAGAACAGAGUACGAAUGAAUACCUUUCCAUGGUUGAAAAUUGUGAAAAUUUCUUUUAAGUGCAAACAGUUUUUUAUUCAGUUAAGAAAAGAAUUGCAUGAAUCUAGAGAAACAUUAUUGGGAUUUAACAUGGUGAAUUACAGAGCAUGUAAAAACUUAUGGAAAGCGUGUGUAGAACAUCACACAUUCUUCCGUUUGGACAGACCACUUCCACCUCAGAAGAAUUUUUUUGCACAUUAUUUUACAUUAGGUUCAAAAUUCCGGUACUGUGGGAGAACUGAAGUUCAGUCAGUUCAGUAUGGCAAAGAAAAGGCAAAUAAAGACAGAGUGUUUGCAAGAUCCCCAAGUAAGCCCUUGGCACGGAAAUUAAUGGAUUGGGAAGUAGUCAGCAGGAAUUCACUAUCUGAUGACAGGUUAGAAACACAGAGCCUUCCAUCACGAUCUCCACCAGGAACGCCUAACCAUCGAAAUUCUGCAUUCACCCAAGAGGGAACCCGGCUGCGGCCAUCUUCGGUGGGUCAUCUGGUGGGCCACAUGGUCCACACUUCCCCAAGCGAGGCCUUUGGGAAUCAUCACUCUCCAUCCUCCACACAAGCUAAUAGCAUUGUUUUGGAAUCAUCACCAUCACAAGAGACUCCUGGAGAUGGGCAGCCUCCAGCUUUACCACCCAAACAAUCAAAGAAGAACAGCUGGAGCCAGAUUCAUUACUCACAUUCUCAACAAGAUCUGGAAAACCAUGUUAAUGAAACAUUCGAUGUUCCAUCAUCUCCUGAAAAAUCUACUCCUAAUGGUGGUAUUCCACAUGAUAAUCUCGUUCUAAUCAGAAUGAAACCUGAUGAAAAUGGGAGGUUUGGAUUCAAUGUAAAGGGAGGAUGUGACCAGAAGAUGCCUGUGAUCGUGUCCCGAGUUGCGCCAGGAACCCCUGCUGACCUGUGUGUCCCUCGAUUGAAUGAAGGGGACCAAGUGGUACUGAUCAACGGUCGGGACAUUGCAGAGCACACCCACGACCAGGUGGUCCUGCUGAUCAAAGCGAGCUGCGAGAGACAUUCUGGGGAGUUAGUCCUUCUAGUUCGACCUAAUGCUGUGUAUGAUGUAGUGGAAGAAAAGCUAGAAAAUGAGCCAGACUUCCAGUACAUUCCUGAGAAAGCCCCUCUCGACAGCAUCCAUCAGGAUGACCACUCCCUGCGAGAGUCGAUGAUCCAGCUGGCUGAGGGCCUUAUCACUGGAACAGUACUGACACAGUUUGAUCAACUAUAUCGGAAAAAGCCUGGAAUGACAAUGUGUUGUGCCAAAUUACCUCAGAAUAUUUCCAAAAAUAGAUACAGAGAUAUUUCGCCUUAUGAUGCUACACGGGUCAUUUUAAAGGGUAAUGAAGACUAUAUCAAUGCAAAUUAUAUAAAUAUGGAAAUUCCUUCUUCUAGAAUUAUAAAUCAGUACAUUGCUUGUCAAGGGCCAUUACCACACACUUGUACAGAUUUUUGGCAGAUGACUUGGGAACAAGGCUCCUCCAUGGUUGUGAUGUUGACCACACAGGUUGAACGUGGCAGAGUUAAGUGUCACCAGUAUUGGCCGGAUCCCACAGGAAGUUCAUCCUACGGCUGCUACCAAGUCACCUGCCACUCAGAAGAGGGGAACACUGCAUAUGUCUUCAGGAAGAUGACACUGUUCAACCAGGAGAAAAAUGAGAGUCGUCCACUCACCCAGAUCCAGUAUAUAGCCUGGCCCGACCAUGGAGUCCCUGACGAUUCAAGUGACUUUCUGGAUUUUGUUUGCCACGUAAGAAAUAAGAGGGCUGGCAAGGAAGAACCUAUAGUUGUUCAUUGCAGUGCUGGGAUUGGAAGAACUGGGGUUCUUAUUACUAUGGAAACAGCCAUGUGUCUCAUUGAAUGCAAUCAGCCAGUUUAUCCACUAGAUAUUGUGAGAACAAUGAGAGAUCAGCGAGCCAUGAUGAUCCAAACUCCUAGUCAAUACAGAUUUGUAUGUGAAGCUAUCUUGAAAGUUUAUGAAGAAGGAUUUGUUAAACCUUUAACGACGUCAUCAAAUAAAUAAGAAAGCAAAGGUCUGGGAAAUGUAUUGGAAAUUGCUUUCUGUUUUAUAGUCACUGUGCCAUAACACUGCUCACAGGAAAUGGCAUCUAAACAGACAAAAAAGAAGAAGAACUAAAAAAACUGAAAACUUCAGCACUGUUGCACUUUAUGUUUUAAAGAAAAAGUCACUCUCUCAAAAUCUAUAAUUCAUGUGUUUGAAGACUAUUUCAUUCUUUGCUCCAAACAAAUAGUGAAUAACUGAGUAUGUUCAGGGUAAUUUAUGACAUCUUGUGGUGGUGCCAUGCCGUCCCCUUCUGGUAGAAUUGCCACAAACAAGGCUCAGAAUUCUCAGCAUCUCUGUUGCAUACCUGUAUCUUGAAAGCAAAAAGCAUUCAACAUCAGGAGUCCGCUCUGGUGUCUCCCAGUGAUUUGUGUUCUUACUAUACUGAUGACCAGAUGUUACUUUUUAAAUGUUAGCAAUAUCAUUCUCAAUAUUAGCCAAUACACUGCCUAUGGAUGCAGCACAUCUUCCCCUACACUCCCCCCGUAGAGACCUGCUGUUUGGAAGAAGAAAGUGGAAUUUGCUUUUCCCAGGAAAUGCUGCACAUUGUCCAUUUACCAGCAUCUUAUAGAAAGUAUAAAUAUGAAUCUACAAAUUUUCUUGAAUUUAACAAUAUAACUUACAUUUAUCAUAAGGUUGGCUUAUUCCAAAUCAUGUGAUUUCACAUACUUGAUGUAAAGGAAUGCAUGCAUUGUGUCUUAACCCCUUAAGUGCCUUGCGACGUCUUUGUAUGUCUAAUGAAAAGGCACUCCUUUGACCCUACUAGGAGGUAUGUAUGUAUAUUGUACAUUUACAGUUUUAUGCAUUUUGAAUCAGUUCACCAUUUUUAAAAUGGCUUCUCGUGUUGAGAGUUAUGCAGUCAAAGGAGGGUAAUGAAAUUCUGUUUCUUACUCAAUUCCUGUAUUUUGCCACAAGAAGCCAAGAUAAUUUGUGACCUACUGAGUGAGUGCUCUGCUGCUAUGGAAUUAUUCAAAGCCUGCACAUUCCUUUCCUGAGGGACAGGGGUUACAGUUUAGCAGCUGAAGUUAAAAGAUGCUUUAUUCUUCAAAUUUCAUAUUUAUUUUACCCCUACCUUUAGAAAUGGCACCUAAUAUACACUUUGAAGUUAAACAUAUGAAUAAGCUGAAGUUAAAGCAGCUAAUUGUGACUUGUUUCUAUCACUAACUAAAUUACCCCUUUUUAGCAUUCAUUUCAGUUCUUGUCAAGCUUUGUUCACACUGGUCUGUUGAUUGGGAUACUACAAACAAAGGAUAAAACAUUAUUGAGUUAUUUCUAAAUGUAAUCCCUCAACAGCUAAGAUGAGGACUUUCUUGUCAUUUUGUGUACAAUUAAAUUACUCCAAUUUAUAUAUACUUGUUAAGUUAUAAGCAUGUUAAUAUGGAGAGUUUUGAUUGUCCAGCCUGAUGGAGGACCUGAUAAGAGUGUGUAUAUUAUCCUCUUCAGGUUUUUUCGUUGCUUUUUUCUUUUUAAGUCCUCAGAGAGAUAGAACUUUAAAAUUAUUCAGUUUUAAUAUAAGUGGGAAUUUUCUCAGCUAUUGAAAUGUUACAUUACAAAUUACUUUAUAUGGAUUAUAGUUAAAAUAGAUUCAUUUACUAGUGGUUUCUGAAUAUUUCUGUAUAGUCUUGAUAAAAUUUACAGUUGAAUGGUAGAUAUUUUGGAACGUCAUUUAGUGUGAGCGGGAAAAUGUACAUUUAAAAAUCUUUGGUAUAAUCUAAAUGAUGUUAUUUCAAAUGUUAAAAAUCCAUAAUAGUAAAUCUUAGGAAGUUAAGUCCUAAACAUUAAUAGCCAAAAUACCAAAUACAUUGUUGUAUUAAAAUAUUUUACUUUUUUUAAAAGAGAAAAGUAAGCAUAACCUUUAUUUCAAAGUGAAAUUCUUGUAUCUAUUUCUGAAUUUCACAGUCAAGACAGUAUAAGAUAGUAAAUAGCUACACAGUCUUAUUUGAACAUUCCAUUCUCUGCCAACAGAUAGGUAUGAUCUAGACUGCUGUAUGACAUCAUGGUACGGUGAAAUGUGAAAAAAGUAAAAUGUUGGGAGUAACUGUUUUGGCAGUAGUUUUUUACCUGAAUUAAAGAGAAAACCUAUCCAACUAUAUGGACAGAAUAUGACAACCAUAGACAAAGAGGUAAAGUUGUAUAGAUGUAAGCAGAUCAUAGUGUCGUGUUUUUUGACUUAGGGUUACAUUUACACUUUGAAAAGUAACUGGUCAUUUAUUGGCAAUGAGCACUGCUGCCUUUGUAAAUCAUUAAUGCCAGUUUUUAAAUGAUAAUAUAUUAAAAUUUUUUAAUUACCUUUAAAUUUCUCAUAUAUGGAUUUUUCUUCUGGGAGCUACACCCUGUCAGUAUUUUUAUGUACAGAAAAUAUCCUUUUUCAAAGACAUAUUUAUUAGGAUCUUAAACUUAAAUUAUCCCUACAGCUUUUUAAAGUAAACAUUGCUAGUUAUGAUUCCCUGGUCACCUAACAAAUAAGAGUUUAUGCCUGAUAUUUUUUGGCCACGCCUUGGGAUCUUUGUUCCCCAACCAGGGAUCGAACCCAUAUGCAUGGCAGUGAAAGAGCCAAGUCCUAACCACUGGAAUUCCAUGGGACUCCCUGCCUCCGAAUGUUUUUGAUCUGUUCAUAAAUCUUAAGUAGAGUUCUAGGAAUAAUCUCAGUUUUCGUACACUUAGUAGUUCCAGGUUCCAUUCAUAUCAAUGUAAUAGUAUGUGACAAAAAUGCCAAAUUCCUUGUAUCUAAACUACUCCCCUCUCCAGCAGCCAACCCUACCUCCCCCAAACAACCCACAUGUGCAAGAAAUCAAUGUUGCUAUUCUCACAACUGGAAAUAGGUACUGGUGAAUCAAAGGACUUUUGUAAAUGCUAAGAAUGUUUGUAAAAAACCUUGCCUCUGAUUCAGGAUGGUUUUACCACAUUCUUUUUAGGUGUUGUGUUGACCAGCUGACUUGUGUCAGCACUGUGUACACAGGUUGAGGAAUAUUCUGGAAUAGACUGCAUUCAUAAGAAGAACACUUAGUAUUUAUUAAAUCAAUGCAUAAUUCAAAAUAAAGGCAGAAUAAAUAGCAUAAGAAUUCACUUCCUUUGUACAGCCUGCUGGCACAAGUAGGAGGGUAGAAAGGGUUGACCAUGUUGAUUAAGAGUAAAGAGAAAAUUUAUAUAUAAAAACUGACUUUGAGUGUAUAAAAAUAUGUUAAGCCAUUAUGACAGUUGCUUGAAGGUUUCAAGUACUAGUAUAUACACAUAGAGAUGUUUUAUGCGAUUAUGCAUUUGUGUAUUUCACCAAGGCUGAUACUAACAGGGGUAAAGGAUUAUGUUAACUAUGGGAGUUGUUUAUAAUCUGUUGGCAGGUGAUUAGCCAGGUCUAAUCAGCUAUUUGAACAAAAGUCUCCCGUCUCCACUAGAAGUACCACAACGUGAGAGCUGAAAGAAACUUGAAAGAUUUUAUCAAGGCUCACCUUCUAUUACUAUAGGUAACUUGUGAAUAUCAUAAAUUCUUGUGAAGUUUAGUCUAUUUCAGCUCAAGAAUUAUACUCAGGCAGUAUUUUUACUUAAUUUAGAAAACAAGUAGGCUUUAAAAAGCAAUCUAAUUAGGGCUCCACUCUGUCUGCUUGUCAUGCUUCCCUGAUUAAACAAUAGCUUUUGUCAAGUAUUUGGGCUGAUGUACAUGCAGUGUGAAAACAUUCGAAAAUGCAAAUUAGAAGACUGAUUUUUAAAAGCACUUGAAACAGAACGAAGAUUUCGAAUGUAUGUCCAGUUAAAUAAUUUAUGUUCAUAAUGUGAACAUGUAGAAUUAAAGCAUUUAUAUUUGUUUUAUAAUCUUAAAUCAGGAAGGAAGAAGGAAAUAAGGAUUUUUAACAAUGUUCUGUGUAAUAUCUGUGUUUUGAAUAUUUAAAGAUAUUCUGAUGGUAAGGUUGCCAAAGUAGUUUUGAAUUCAUAAAAAUUAUUUAUACCACAAUAAUGUGGGAUAUGUUUACACCUCUUUUAUUUUGUAGUAAUUAUUUUGUAGUUCUGAUCAAUUUGCAUUUAAGUCAUUUACAUUAAGGUAAAUAUUUGUUAGAACAAAUACCUUUUAAUAAUACAACAGAAAGAUAAAUUGUGCCACAACUUCUGUGUGUAAACGGCCACAUCAACAAAGUAACUGCUUUAUAUUAAUACAGCUUAUUGCUGCUCAUGUUUGCUUCAGCUAGCCAACUACAGUUUCUGCAACCAUUUUUUUUCCUGGUGUUUCCUGUAAGUAAAAUACCUAUGCUUUUAAAGCCCAUUGGAUUGAUUUUAUCAAGUAUCAGAAUUACUGAUCUGUUGGCAAAGUUUUAUUGGUGUCUCGGCAUGAUCACAACACAGCUUGUAGCAACUGUUUUAUAAAGUUUUUAGAGAAUUGUAUAGCUCCAAAGGAAUUUGUAUAAUAGCAAAAUUUAUUUGAGGGCUAACUGCUAAUAGGCAACUUCAGCAAUUUUACAGAGAGCUCAUGAAGUUAAUCUCAAAAUUGUACUUUUGGGGAUUAACUUACUUUACAAUGUCUACAACUAUUUUCAACACAACGUUUUACUAUACACAGACUUCAUUUUUCUCAGUAGCAAUUCCUACAAUAAGCCUUACAAUGUUAUCAAAAACAAUCCCUAUUUCAGUGAGAAAUGACACAUUUUAUUUUUAUAAUCUGGGUGAAAUUGUUGUGGGUAGACACCAAAUAGUUAUUUCUGUUCCCAUAUCUAAAUUUGCUGCUACUUAUUUGUAUGUUUUUUCUAGUUUAUUGUUGAUUUCUAAAGUUUUGUGGUCAUUGUUAUCUUUAUUGUCAUAAUCUAAGCUGAUUGGGCAGCCAGGGGUACUGGGGUACAGUCCAUCAAUGCUGACUAGGCAGGGUUCAGUGAAUAAAUAAGUAAACCAGUUUUUGUUUUUGUUUUUGUUUUUUUAAUUUACAAAGUGAAAGGUAUUAGCAAUAUUGCAAGUUUAAGACUAUAGUUUUAGGAGGAGGUUCUAAUUGUUCCUAAAACCAGUACAAGAAUGAAAAUGUUUGAAAGCCUUGUUUUGCUCAUAGAAAGUUUCAGUUAAACACUGUAGAACUUUCCUACCUAUUGUUGUGUAAAUUAUAUAGAAAAUAUUUUUCUAUGGACAAAAGAUUGAAACUGUUAACUUCUUUUGCUUUAAGGAAAAAAAAUGAUAUUUGUAUGUCUUUCAUGCUGUAAAGAAAUGAAUGUAUCUUUCAAAUGUUACUAGAAUUAAGACUUGAUCUUAAGGGUAAGGAUAUGCUUUGUUUUAAAAAAAGUUAGCAAGGAAUUGGAAAGAAAGAGUGUUUCCCACUUCAUUAUACAAAAUGCAAUUUUAGAAGAAAAUGUCACUUUCUUUAUAAACAAUGAUCAUUAUUGAAGCAUAUUUCAAAUACCUUCUUUUUCACUUUGCUUUGUGUUAGCUCUAGAACAGAAGUUUUCCAAAAAAAUGUGUGCAUACUGUUUUAAAGUAUAAAAUCAUUAAAUUGUAGACGUCUGGAGUGUGGGGGAGUAUGUAUGUGUAAGAGUAAGCAUUCUGCUGCAUGUGUUUACUGUGAAGGAAAGUUCUCAGGCUUCAUCACUGUCUCAGCUACAGAUGAGGACAGCAGUCUGAGUAUGUGACUUCGGUGAAAACUGUGGCUAACACUCACCACAGUAAAUCAGUGCAAAGGCCCUGACAGAUAGUUUGUUUUUUAUUCUCAAUAUUUUGGGCAGGUAAAACCACUGAGCCCUACUCUGACCUAUAGCAGUGGUGUCUUAUAUGGCUGAGGGUUUAUUAAUUUAGCUGAACAGAAGACAAAAAAAAGCCCUACAUUUUAAACCAACAGGCAUGAUUAAUUUGUUCAACAAUUUCUUUGAAAGGUAGUAUUUAUUAUUCAUCAUGCACUGAGCUUGACUCAGUGGGGCCUUCAUUAUUUGGGCUCCUUUCUCCAAGGUAAAAAAGGUUUUUUAACUUCCAUUUAUAGUAGAGUCUUUGUGAUGUAAUAUUUUCCUUCAUUAACUUUUGUUACAGCUGUUAAAAGAUUAAUAUCAGGCCCCCUGAAUCUUGAGAGUUUCCAAAAUUUAGCAGAUAAUCUGAUAAUCUUAACUAAAAUGUCACAUUGCUACAUGAAAUUAUCACCAUAAAAUCAUUAAGGAGACUCAGCCCUACAAUCUUAGGCCAAAAUAGGUUCUGAUUUGUGUUUUCCCUAAAUUCACUGUAGGCACACUUGAACCCAUUUUACCUGCUACUAAAAGAAGCUUCUUCAUUUCUGUUUCUGAAUUGUGUUCCAGUUACUCAUGCUUUCUUGUAUCCAGUAGAGUAGGUCAUAUUUCAUUGCUGAAAUUGAUUUUUUGAAUUUCAAAUAGCACUUUAUUUCAAGCUUACUACUGACUUAAUUUAUACAUUUAAAGAUAAAAUUUAUCCUAGAGUCUUGUAAAUAUGGAAAAAUAUAACAUUAGCACAUAGAGCUCAUUGGUUUAGACCCACGUUUAAAUGCUUUACAAUGAUCCCUUGAUUAUUUGAUAUUUAUAAGGUAACUUGUGUGAUUUUAGCUUUGCCACUCUUCUGUAAUUUAUUUGGUACAAUAAAGACUACCCAGUUGACAGUCUUGCUGGACUCUGAGUUCUCUCAGCUAGCUUCAGCCACAUUUGGUUCACUAAAAUCGUUCUGCUUUGCAUUUUUGUACAUUACAUGAUGAACACCUGGAAUCCAUUUGUUUUGUUUUGAGUUGUACUUAGGUGUUAAGUCAGUGCUUCACCACCAAUAAGUUGAAAGGGGCAAAGUUCUGACGCUUUGUAUACAUGUUGAAGGGCAAGAUUUAAGAGACUGAAAGUUUACAUUAAGCUGUUUUCCUUUUCUGUCAUUAGAGUAUUAGUGCUUAGGCAAAUAAAAACUGUCCAGCCUGGUGUUCCAACAGCAUCAGGAUGUUGCAGUUACAUCCCAUAUUGUAAUCUUUUAAAUAAGAAAAGUUAGUCUUUAUUUUCUACAGCGUAGGCUUAAUUUUAGGACAGAUAGUAUAUGAUAGAUUCAUCAGUGAUAUUUUUAAGUAGUAGUUUUAAAAAUAAUAUUUCUAUGUAGAGACUGUUUCAAUUUGGGAUUUUUUUUCUUGUAACAGGUGCUAUAUGUAAAUAUGAAGGGCAAAAAGUCACCUAGUUAAAAGUCUAGUUAAUUUUCUAAUUAGAUUAUGAUUUUACAUAGUUUGCUGCCAUUUCACAUUUGGUUGUACUGAACUAGUAGCUAAAUGGAAUUAGCCCCUUAACUUUUUAAAUUCUUUUCCCCCAUUUCACAAAAAUACCUCUUUCCAUAUGGUUUCCCGUAAUUAGGAGACAAAGAAUCAUAUAGUUCAUUUAAAAUCUGUAAACUUUAAUUUCGUCAACACUGGGUUAUUUGAAAUCAUCACUAUGCAUUCUAUGCAUUUGUCACUGCAGCUUAUUGUGUGCUUGAAAGACCUUGUGGAUUUGUCUUAAUUUCCAUGAAAAAUUAGAAUUCCUGCAAUGAAUUUUAUGUACUAACAGCAAGUGGGAUAAAAAUGUUGGUUUGCAUUGAAACUGUUUAACCCUGAAAGCAAUUUAUGUGAAAUGCAGUCAUUAUACGUAUUUUCUUGGCCAUAAUUCAUUUUGACUGAGAAAUAGUUGUUCAGGUUCAACGUGAAAAAACUCUAGCUGUGACUUUAAACUGUUCAAUUGCAAAAUAAAGAUGUGCUUUAGUAAUUUAA